AUGACGCUGUUGACGGGCUCGCCGUUGGUCACGAUAGCCAUCGUGGUCUUUGCAACAUGCCUCUACAAGCUGUUACAAGUCGGGAAAAGGCCAAAGGGGAUGCCAGCCGGCCCUCCGACGGUUCCUAUUCUGGGAAACCUGAACCAAUUGCCCAGCGAAGAUGUCCACGUCCAGUUUCGCAAAUGGGCCGAAGAAUACGGAGAGAUCUAUUCGGUCAUGCUGGGAAACCAGCGCAUGGUGGUCCUGAAUUCCCCGCGCGUCGUGAAGGACUUGAUUGAUCUGCGGUCCAACAACUACUCGUCUCGUCCGGAAAUGUACGUUGGCCAGACGCUGAUUUCGGGAGGCUACCGCUUGGUCUUAAUGCAGUACGACGAGGGCUGGCGGAAGGCUCGCAAGAUGAUCCACAACUUGCUCAACAUCAAGACUGCCGUCAACUACAUCCCUUUCCAGGAGCUCGAGUUGCGACAGAUGCUGGCGGAUAUGGUGAAGAGACCGAACAAAUACCACGACCACGUCAGGCGAUACAGCACCAGUCUGGUGACCAGCAUCACCUUUGGAUGGCGGAGUCUGGCCUUCAACGACCCGGAGGUUAAGCAGAUAUACGAAAUAUCUGCGUCGAUGCUCGAUUACUUACCGAUCCUGCGGAUUCUUCCCGACUUCAUGAACCCCGGGAAGAAGAAAGGGAAGCAGUUGCACAAGGAGGAACUCGCCCUGUACAAAGACUACAUGCUCAAAGUCAAAGAGCGGAUCAAGAAGGGCAUCCUCACCGGGUGCUUCUGCGAGGAUAUGUUCAGGAAGCAGGAAAAAGACGGGUUUUCUGACGACUGGGCGAGCUAUGAAAUCGAUCGAGUCAUCGGCCCCAAUCGGCUGCCCACCAUGGCCGAUGAGCCGAAUCUGCAGUACAUCCGUGGCGUGGUGAAGGAGUCUCUUCGUUUUCUGCCUUCGAGCAUCCUGGGCAUCGUGCCUCAUGCGACGACCAAUGAUGACACCUACAAGGGUUACAAGAUUCCAGUGAAGACGGGAGUCAUGAUCAAUGUCUGGGCGUUGAACAACGAUCCGGAACGCUACCCGAAUCCCCGGGUAUUUGAUCCAGACCGGUACAAGAACGACUUUCUGCGCGCGCAAGAAAGUGCGACGCUGUCUGACCCAUACCAGCGCGACCAUUUUACCUUCGGCGCUGGUCGACGCGUCUGUCCAGGCCUGAACAUCGCCGAGCGGUCCCUCUUCUUGGGAAUCGCCUACAUGCUGUGGGCCUUCAACUUCUCGCACGCGCUGGACGAGCAGGGCAACCCGAUCCCCGUGUCCACGGAGGCGGUGACACAGGGCAUCGUCUGUCGACCGAAACCGUUCCCCUUGAAGCUGACGGAGCGAGACCCGAAGAGGACGCAGAUGGUGCUGAAGGCGUGGGACAACGCCAAGGAGCUUCUGAGUCGGUAUCCGGAGGGGAUCAGAUCUACCCAAUACCAGAAGGAUUGGGCGGAAUUCACGAGAAAUGAAGUUUUCUAG